AGUUGGUAUCUCCCAAUUACUACAGAUAUAAUCAGCUGUCUUGACUCCUGCUCGUAAGCGUUUUGCCUGAGGACCAAGCCUGCGUAGAGCUAACCACCAAGCCUAUUCCCUCAACUCAACAUAAAAAUGGAGGAAAAUAUCGUAGCCCUGGUUGUUGACAAUGGCUCUGGAAUGUGCAAAGCUGGCUUCGCUGGUGACGAUGCGCCCCGUGCUGUGUUCCCUUCCAUCGUGGGCCGUCCCAGACAUCAGGGUGUGAUGGUCGGCAUGGGCCAGAAGGACAGCUACGUUGGCGACGAGGCCCAGAGCAAGAGGGGCAUCCUGACACUCAAGUAUCCCAUCGAGCACGGCAUCGUCACCAACUGGGACGACAUGGAGAAGAUCUGGCACCACACGUUCUACAACGAGCUGCGCGUGGCCCCGGAGGAGCAACCCGUCCUGCUCACAGAGGCCCCCCUCAACCCCAAAGCCAACCGGGAGAAGAUGACCCAGAUCAUGUUUGAGACCUUCAACGCCCCUUGCAUGUACGUGGCCAUCCAGGCCGUUCUGUCGCUUUACGCCUCCGGUCGAACCACCGGUAUCGUCAUGGACUCCGGGGAUGGAGUCACUCACACGGUGCCCAUCUACGAAGGCUACGCCCUGCCCCACGCCAUCCUCAGGCUGGACCUGGCCGGACGGGACCUCACAGACUACCUCAUGAAGAUUCUGACGGAGCGAGGCUACAGCUUCACCACCACAGCGGAGCGUGAGAUUGUGCGUGACGUCAAGGAGAAGCUGUGCUUUGUGGCCCUGGACUUUGAGAUUGAGAUGAACACCUUUGCCACCUCCUCUUCCCUGGAGAAGAGCUACGAGCUUCCCGACGGCCAGGUCAUCACCAUUGGCAACGAGCGCUUCCGUUGUCCCGAGGCCCUCUUCCAGCCCUCCUACCUGGGCAUGGAGUCCUCCGGUAUCCACGAGACCACCUUCAACGGCAUCAUGAAGUGCGACGUGGACAUCCGAAAGGACCUCUACGCCAACACCGUGCUGUCCGGCGGCACCACCAUGUUCCACGGUAUCGCCGACCGCAUGCAGAAGGAGAUCACCUCCCUGGCCCCCAGCACCAUGAAGAUCAAGAUCAUCGCCCCCCCGGAGAGGAAGUACUCGGUGUGGAUUGGCGGCUCCAUCCUGGCCUCCCUCUCCACUUUCCAGAUGAUGUGGAUCAGCAAGCAGGAGUAUGACGAGUCUGGGCCCAAUAUUGUACACAGGAAGUGCUUCUAAAUGGACCAAUUUCUAAAUAAAUGGCGUUGAUGAAAA